AAUCCAAGCUCGCUGGGUCGAGGCCAUGAGAUCUGGAUUGGGCUCAAAUUCUGGUACAUGAGAUGUAACAACAUGGGCCAUUCUACUCAAUCUGCAAUGACUCGUGUAUGUCACGUGGACAAGUCUGCACUGCGACUUCUUUCCUAGAUUCCACCUCCUCGCACGCCCCCAACCACGCUGUUCCUUCUUCUAGUUUUGGCGCAUAAUUCAAUAUUUGCGGCGCCUGCGGGAACAGGGAGCUCUUGAUCCUACACCAAAAUAAGGAAUUGUUGGAAAAUGAGAUUAAGAAGAUGGGUUUCGGGUCUCCUUUCAUUCAUCAAUGACAGCGCUGUGCAGCAGUUAGUGUGUGUUGUGUGUUUUUUCUUGAGCAGGGAAGGAUGAAGGGCAGCCUUCUUUGCCUUUACUCGGCUUCUAGGCGUUAAGAAUUUUCUUCCACUUAAUCUCGUACAGAAAACAGAUGGAAGUAGUGAAAGUUGUAGCGGAGGGUUUUAACUUUAUUUGCAAUCUUCAAUUCUGGAGAAUGUCAGUGUUGUGGACUCUUUCUCUCGUAUUUUCCUAUUUAAAGUUGUUCUCCUAUGGCUUCCUCUCCCCAAAAUCCAAUAUUUACUCUCGUCGUUCACCGAAACACUCCACUUUUGCGAAUACGGCUGUGACCAGACCUGUCUGCAUAAUAACUGGGGCGACAUCUGGUUUGGGUGCUGCAGCUGCAUAUGCUCUUUUGGAGGAGGGUUUUUAUGUUGUUCUUGUUGGAAGAUCAUCUGAACGCUUGUCAAAGGUUAUAUCUGAUCUCAAGAGUCAAAACCAGGAUGCUUGUCUGAAAGGUUUUGAGGUCAAUUUAGCUUCAUUCGAGUCAAUCCUUGAGUUCAAACAGUCACUUCAGCAGUGGCUACAGGAUUCAAACUUACAUUCUUCAGUUCAACUCCUGAUAAAUAAUGCUGGGAUCUUGGCUACAUCACGUAGAUUGACUUCUGAAGGAUACGAUGAGAUGCUGGCUACUAAUUAUAUUGGUGCAUUUUGUGUGACCAAAGUUUUACUCCCCCUUUUGGAAAACAGCCCUGUUCCCUCUCGUGUGGUCAAUGUCACAUCAUUUACUCAUUGGAAUGUUUGUUGCAUGCAGGCUGGCAGAGAAACUGUCUCUGGGAAGAGUUUUAUGAAAUCAAAAUGCUACCCCUAUGCGCAUAUUUAUGAGUAUUCUAAAUUAUGCCUGCUACUCUUUUCAUAUGAGCUUCACCGAAAAAUUAACCUGACAACGAAAUCUCAUCAUCUCUCUGUUGUUGCCGCAGAUCCUGGAGCAGUGAAAACCAAUAUCAUGCGAGAAAUUCCAUCAUGUGUUUCGCAGAUGGCUUUCAUAGUGUUGAAAUUUUUGGGUCUUCUUCAGUCUUCUAAAACUGGUGUGUGCUCUAUUCUUGAUGCGGCACUUGCCCCUCCAGGAGUAUCAGGAGUAUACUUUUUUGGAGGAAAUGGUAGAAGUCUGAACUCUUCUCCGCUUUCUUAUGAUGCCGAUCUUGCUAAGGAACUUUGGGUUACUUCCUGCAAUUUGUUCCAAGAAUCGCAGCUGGCUUCCUGACUGGGCGAGUGUGUAUGAUUGAAUAGGCUAAAUCAUUAGUUAGUAUGAGAGUUUUCUCCUGUGCAGUGGCAACGACCAUUAAUCACUUUUUAUAGGAUGAAACUGUUUUCGCAGUCAGUCAAAGAAACCAAAUGAUAUAGCCAGAUUUUACUCCAAAGAUGUAGAGUUGGUAAUAAUAAAGCAUUAAUUGUAGCAUGUUGUCUAUGCAUUAUCUUGUAUACUUUGGCAGAUAAAGUAAGCAAGCUGAUUUUCUUGGUA